CCCUUCCUGGUCUGCCAAUAAGAGCAGAGCAGAGAGUCACGGUCAGCGGCCUAACCUCGUCCGCCGCGCAACGCCACACGGACGCUAAAGAUGGAGAAAGUGGCCGAGAUGAUUGGAGACAAAGCGGGGGACAUAGUGGAGGGCGCGUUCAAGAACAUGCUCGGCAUCAAAAGCAAAGAAGAGGACAAAGGAGGCUUCAAGUCUUUUUUCGGAGGAGACGACAAAAAAGACGACGAGCGUGACAAGGGAGGAUUAUUCUCCUUUGGAAACGACAAGAAGAAAGACGACGACGACGACGACAAGGGAAGCUUUUUCUCCAGAUUCCUCGACAGAGACGACGACGACAAGAGGCCCAAGCGGUCGGGCUUUGACGGCUUGUUCACCGAGCAAGGCGCCCCGGGCGGAGGGGCAGGAGGCGGAGCCGGACCAGGAGAACUGAGCGGCGGAUGUGCUUACGCAGGACCUGGACCGAGAGGCGGAAUGGGUCUGAGUGACGGAGAUUUGUUUGACGAUCUGAUGGAUGUGGCUGAAGAAACAGCCAAAGGAAAUUAGAGGAGCAGGCAACAAGUCCUUCCUUCCUUCCUUCCCACCUGCCCGUCCGCUCAUCCAGUGCUCGCCAACGGCUAUGCCGCAUGUAACAAGCUCACUGUAACAAUCCGCUUGCCGUAUAUCGGCAUACACAACAACAGGGUCCAGAAGAUAUCUUUGAACGCACUCCCAAACAGCUUGUGUGAAUAAGAUAGUCCAGAACGACUUCGGCUUAGCAACAAGAUGCUCUCCACUCUAACUUGCUCUUUUGCUGCGAUCUUUCAAAUGCUGACGACAAUGUGAACGGACGGAUGGACUCCCAGCUGGCUUUUGUUGAGAACCUCACCAUUCCAUAAUCGCUUUCUUUGAUGUUGAUGCCGCAAGAAGUGGUAAUACACAAAUAAUGAAGAGUACCUGUUGACAGUUUUGAGCAAUUUAUUUUCGUGGCCGUUUUUUUUUUUUUUUGCAAAGCAAUCAUCCGUCUGUGCAGAUGGAGUGUAAACGUAGACGUGGAAGUUCUGUAUCACACCUGAAAAAGUCCUAAUGCAUGUUCACUUCAUAUUUGCUUCCUCUUGGAAUUUGUGAUGAAUAUUAAAAAUUGUGGCCGCCGCCGCUUCCAUGAGA